GAAAAGGGAAAAAAUUGUAGGGCCUAGAGAAGCACCGGUCUGACUGCCUUGGGAGAAUCUCCACAAGAUCUGGAGCUUGACCUUCAUUUUAAUCCUUAUUUGACAGACUUUUGGGAUAUAUCAGGGAUUAUAGACACCGCCUAACAUUAAAUAUCAGAUUUUCAAAUCUGCAACCAUCCCAAUACUGUCGUCAAGGAGGGAAUAAUGUUUUUUAUUGACAAAAUUGUGGAUACAGACAACCUGGAUGUCCGGUCAAGUGUAAGAUCCAACAUGUUAUCACGUCUAUUCCUAGCCCAGGGGAGGUUUUGUUCCUCCCACCCCUGGGAAGUCAUCGUUUGUACCCUUACACUAACCAUCUGUAUGCUGUCAAUGAACUACUUUACUGGUCUACCAAGGAUAUGUGGAUGGAAUUAUGAAUGUUCACCAGAAGUUAAGGAAUCAUCUCUUUCUUCUGAUGUGAUUGUUAUGUGUAUCAUGAGAACUCUAGCAGUGGCUUAUCUCUACCUCCAGUUUACUAAACUAAGAACUACAGGGUCAAAAUAUAUUCUAGGUAUUGCAGGUCUGUUCACUAUCUUCUCUAGUUUCCUCUUCAGCAGUGCUGUGAUUCACUUGUUUGGAUUAGAACUCACAGGACUCAAUGAGGCUCUUCCAUUUUUCUUGCUCCUCAUCGACCUGACCAAGGCCAGUGCUCUCACCAAGUUUGCCCUCAGCAGCACCUCACAACGUGAGGUAGUGGACAAUAUUGCCCGUGGUAUGGCCAUACUCGGACCAACCAUCACCCUGGACACUGUAGUGACCACUCUGGUCAUCAGCAUUGGAACCAUGUCAGGAAUCCGGAAAAUGGAAGUUUUCUGCUGCUUUGGCAUCCUCUCACUUAUCGCCAACUAUUUUGUAUUCAUGACAUUCUUCCCAGCUUGUCUGUCCCUUGUUCUUGAGCUGUCAAACAGUAACAAGUAUGGUCGACCUGUGUGGCAGCUUGGACGCUUUGCUGAGGUUCUGGAGGAGGAGGAAGACAAGAAACCUAAUCCUGUGGUCCAACGGGUCAAGAUGAUCAUGGCCACAGGGCUUGUACUGGUUCAUGCACACAGCUACUGGCUUGCUGGUAAUGACACAGAUCUAAUGGGACGAUCCAUGCUCUAUGAUGGAAACCUACUCACAGACAAGAAGAUUGAUCCUAGCAUGCCCCUAUGGCAGUUCUACAUCACAAGACUAUGGCCUCCUACACUUGAUUACAUCAUCACCGUUAUCCUGGCUACUGUCCUCGCAACCCACUAUAUCUUUUUCUCUGACAUGGCCACUGUCCCAGAGAAGCGGGUCAGUAUCAUGGAAGGUCAUGAGGUCGUCAAUCCAGGAUCUGAUCAGGAAGAUACAUCUGAAGUGGAUACUAUUGGGUCCCUGUCAUCUUCUCCUUCAACGAGUGAUGUGAAGGUGAUUGAAUCAAUGACCUCUCGUACCCAGGCCUGUCAGACUGAUCCUGUAACUGCUUCACCACGUAAUAGUCGAUCAUCAUCUCCUGUGUCAUCACGCUCUCUCAAACCUGCAAGGUUCACUAUUGGAUCCACAGGAAGUGGUUCUGAAGAUGAGGAAGACGAGGCCAUCGAAGAAGAAGUCGAGUUGGUCCUGGAGAAAGAACUUCAGCCUCCUAGACCUAUGACAGAAUUACUGGAGAUACUGAACGUUGGGAAAGGACCAGAUGAACUAACUGAUGAAGAGAUCCAGCUCUUGGUUGAUGCUAAACACAUCCCUGCCUACAAGCUCGAGAACAUCUUAGCUAACCCUGAGAGGGGCGUGUCUGUCAGGAGACAGAUCAUCUCUAAACUCUUACCGAUCACAGAUGCCUUGGAGAAACUACCAUUCACAAGCUAUGACUAUUCAUUUGUAUCAGGAGCAUGUUGUGAGAAUGUGAUUGGUUACAUGCCCGUACCAGUGGGCGUGGCUGGACCUCUCCUUCUUGAUGGAAAAGAAUUUCAAGUUCCCAUGGCAACGACUGAAGGAUGUUUGGUUGCAAGUACAAACAGAGGAUGCAGAGCUCUUAGAUCUGCUGGUGGUAUUCACAGUAUCUUGAUUGGUGAUGGUAUGACUAGAGGACCAUUGGUCAGGUUACCAAGUGCAAAGGAAGCAGGAGCCAUCAAAGAAUGGCUAGAGGUCCCAGAGAACUUUGCUGCCGUCAAAGAGAAGUUUGAGUCGACAAGCCGUUUUGCCAAACUGCAGAGUAUCCAGACAGCUCUAGCUGGUCGCUACAUGUUCCUUAGGUUCAAGGCUAAGACUGGUGAUGCUAUGGGCAUGAACAUGGUAUCAAAGGGCACUGAGCAAGCACUUCAUGCUCUUCAGACGGUGUUCCCUGAAUUAGAGAUCAUGAGCUUGAGUGGAAACUACUGCACAGAUAAGAAGGUUGCAGCCAUUAAUUGGAUUGAAGGACGAGGAAAGUCAGUUGUCUGUGAAGCUACUGUUCCAGCACACAUUGUCAAGCAGGUUCUGAAGACAAGUGCAUCAGCUUUGGUAGACCUCAACAUCCACAAGAACCUUGUUGGCUCAGCCAUGGCUGGUAGUAUAGGAGGCUUCAAUGCACAUGCAGCUAACAUUGUCACAGCCAUCUACAUUGCAACAGGACAGGAUGCAGCCCAGAACAUUGCCAGUUCUAAUUGCAUGACCCUAAUGGAGACGAGAGGACCCAAAGGUGAAGACCUAUACAUGAGCUGUACCAUGCCAUCCAUUGAGCUAGGAACGGUAGGAGGGGGUACAGUCUUACCUCCACAGUCAGCAUGCCUUCAGAUGAUGGAUGUGAAAGGAUCCAAUGUUCAUGGGUCGGGUUUGAAUGCCUCUCAGCUGGCUAGGAUCAUAUGUGCUACAGUCAUGGCAGGUGAACUCUCACUCAUGUCUGCUCUGGCAGCUGGUCACCUUGUAAAAAGCCACAUGAAACACAACAGAUCUGCCCUGAAUAUUGCCAGUCCUCUUCCUUCGAUUGAGGAGAUUCCUGCACACAGGAGAAGUAAAUCUGUUGACUUUUCAGCACUCCGUGAAUCCUCACCAGCCCCUGGGACAUGCACAGCCAAUGCAUCAUGACAAUCUAAGCCUUCCAAAAAAACCCUCACCAUUCUUGUAUUACAGCAAUGCACUGAAAGUGGACCCUUGCGCAAUGAGUGUGUGUAACAAGUAGGGCAGUCGUGGUUCUUUGUGUUAUAAGUAAAA